AUGACUACCGUGAAACGCGUUUUGGACUCCCCCGUCCCCCCCGAAGAAGCGACCAAGCGCCGGGGCUCCAAGCCAGGUCGCAAGCCGCUCGACACCGAGGCCAAAAACAAGCGGACUGCUCAGAACAGAGCUGCCCAGCGGGCGUUCCGUGAGCGUAAGGAACAAAAAAUGCGUGAGCUGGAAGACAAGGUACGGCGGCUGGAACGUGUGCAAGAACAGAACGAGAUGGAGUCCGAGUUUCUUCGCGGCCAGCUGCAGCAGUUGGUGGCGGAAAUCCAACAGUACCGGCCCCAGCGAACGUCAGACUCCCAAGUGCUCCAGUAUCUCGCCAAGUCCGAGGAGCAACAGCAAAAGCAGCAGCAGCGCGAGCUGGAACAGAACCAGAACCAGAAAUAUCAGCACCAACACCAACACGAACAUCGCUCACGUGACGAAAAUGGCGGCGGCCGCGGCCGCGUUCGCUCUAGUAGUAACAGCACCAGUCACAGUCGCAGCAGAAGCAGAUCCGACGGCAGAAACACUUGCAACACCACGCCCACUGAUCCCAGCGAAAACUCCAGCCCCGUCGACGACAACGCCGCCGCCAACGCCGCUAAGAUACGGGAAAACAUGCAGCGCAAGAUGAGCUUCACGUUCGAGUACCACAGACCCUCGGCCUCCUCCACGUCGUCACAUAACAACAAGUCGCUCCCACUAUUGGCCCAUACCCCCAGCACCUCGUCGGGCUCGCUGGAUCUCUUUAGCUACAACACCAACAGCGACAACCAGAGCCUGCCCAAGUUCACGCCGUCCAGUUAUUCAAACACCUUGAGUAACGAGUUCGAUUUCAACUCCCACUUCGACGAGCAAGUUUCGGAGUUCUGCACCCAGCUCAACGAAGUGUGUGGAACUCGGGAGUGCCCCGUACCCAAGAAAACUACUCCGCCGUCUUUGGCAUCCUCACAUCCCUCGCCCACAAUACAGCGGCUGCAUCAGUCUCAACUGCCGUCUGCCUCCUCGCCUUCUGCCUCAUCGGUUAAACUCUCUCAAACCACACAGCUUCCGCCUGUAGCCCAGCGACAGGACUUAAAUCAACAACCGGGUCAGGACACUUUAACGAACUCCUGGGACUCUCCUCAAUUUGGACAAUCUACUUUCGGCUGGGAUACCGACUAUUCCACCAACAAAUGGAUGUUCGGUGGUGUGGACUUGUCUAAGACCACAGGGGUACUGCGAGCUCCUUCAAAUACUGCAGAUUCUUUACCUUUUAUCGAUGCCUCUCUGGCAUUCCCCUCAGAACAACAAGAUCGGUUGUUUGGCCACAAUUCGGAUGACGUUUUAACUCAAUUCUUCGAGGAAGAUCCUACCGUGACUCAACUGACCACGGAAGAAAGCAACUACGACCCUUUCAGACCAGAUGCAGUUUCGAUGGCCAAGGACAGUUAUUCAAGCUCGGAGUUCGUCGAAUCGGGCCAAUCAGCAUCCGAGUCAAGUAUAUCGACUGCAAUGACUGCGCCAGAUCAGCAGUUUACGGAAAAGGCAAGUCCUUUCGCCGAAGCCGUCCAUGUGAAAUUGGAGCAAGAAGAUGUUGUGCCAUCCCGCGAUGGGCAUAUACUCAAAUGUUCCGAAAUAUGGGAUCGCGUUACUGCACAUCCAAAAUAUACUGACAUUGAUAUCGACAGUUUAUGUUUCGAGCUAAGGAGCAAGGCGAAAUGUUCCGAAAAGGGUGUUGUUGUUAACUCGGAUGACGUUCAAAAAGCGUUGACGAAACACAUGUCUUAG